UAAUUUUUUUAAAAAAAUUAAUGAUUAACUGUAAAGCUUCCAAAACAAAAUUAAUAUAUUCACAUUGAAAAACAAAUGUCUCUACAGGUCACCCGAUCCCACUCAAUGCUCAGGCAAUGCCAAAUUUCACAGAUGUAACAGAAUUCAUUCUUGUGAGGUUGACCAGUCAUCAAGAGCUCCGGGUUCUGUUUUUUGUAGUGUUCCUGAUCGUUUAUAUGACCAUUCUGUUAGGUAAUAUUGGUAUGAUUAUUUUGAUUGGCAUCAGUCCCCAGCUUCAGAGCCCAAUGUACUUUUUUCUGAGUCAUUUGUCUUUCGUGGAUGUGUGGUUCUCCUCCAAUGUUACCCCCAAAAUGCUGGAAAACUUACUAUCAAAGACCAAAACCAUUUCCUACAAGGGAUGCUUAGUGCAGUGCUACUUUUUCAUUGCCCUUGUCCUUGUUGAGUUCUACAUCUUGGCGGUGAUGGCCUUUGAUCGCUACAUGGCCAUCUGCAACCCUUUGAUUUAUGGCAGUAAGAUGUCCAGGACUGUGUGUGUUCAGCUCAUCUCUGUACCUUACAUCUACGGAUUCUCUGUGAGUUUAAUAUGCACACUGUGGACUUACGAUUUGUAUUUCUGUGGCAACGUUGAAAUCAAUCACUUUUACUGUGCAGACCCUCCCCUCAUCAAUAUUGCCUGUGGAGCGGCGCGCAUCAAAGAAUACACGAUGAUUGUGAUUGCUGGAAUUAACUCCACCUAUUCCCUGUCCGUGGUCCUUAUCUCCUACACGCUCAUUGUAGUAUCUGUACUCCACAUGUGCUCUGCUGAUGGGAGGAAGAAGGUAUUCUCUACCUGUGGGUCACACUUGACAGCUAUUUCCAUGUUCUACGGGACCCUCAUAUUCAUGUACUUCAGGCGGCCAACAGAGGAGUCCGUGGAGCAGGGCAAGAUGGUGGCUGUGUUUUAUACGACAGUGAUUCCCAUGUUGAAUCCCAUGCUAUAUAGUCCGAGAAACAAAGAUGUUAAAGAGGCAGUCACCAAAGCAAUCACCAAAACAUGCUUGGACCAGUGAUAUUGAACUAUGUAUUUUAUUGGUAUAUUUGCCUGCAUGGUGUCUGACCUGCCUUAAAUUUCCUAGCUCAAAUAGCACUGUCUAAAGGCAACUCUUUCAUAUAUUAAAAUACACACUCUGAGAGAGUGCUGU